CUUUUCGCGUACUGCUCGAGUUGCGGCUGGUUCUUGAGUGAGAUCCUCAACCAGCUGAAGAAAUGACUGAAACUUUGAAAUUAAGAGGCACCCUCUGCGGUCACAAUGGAUGGGUUACGCAAAUUGCCACCAAUCCUAAAUGUCCUGAUAUGAUUCUGUCAUCUUCUCGUGACAAAACUCUCAUUGUAUGGAAACUGACAAGGGACGAAACUAACUACGGUAUUCCACAAAAGCGUCUCUACGGCCACUCUCACUUUAUCUCGGACGUUGUCCUAUCAAGUGAUGGAAACUACGCUCUCUCCGGCUCUUGGGACAAGACCCUGCGUCUUUGGGAUCUUGCCGUCGGCAAGACGACAAGGCGUUUCGAAGACCAUACUAAGGAUGUGCUCUCUGUGGCAUUCUCAGUGGACAACCGUCAAAUCGUCUCUGGAUCCCGUGACAAGACCAUCAAGUUGUGGAACACCCUUGCCGAGUGCAAAUACACCAUCCAGGAUGAUGGUCACAGUGACUGGGUUUCCUGCGUCAGAUUCUCCCCCAACCAUGCCAACCCUAUUAUUGUGUCUGCUGGAUGGGACCGUACUGUUAAGGUAUGGCACCUGACUAACUGCAAGUUGAAGAUCAACCACCUUGGCCACUCUGGAUACUUGAACACUGUUACAGUCUCGCCAGAUGGUUCCCUUUGUGCCUCUGGAGGCAAGGACAUGAAGGCCAUGCUUUGGGACCUGAAUGAUGGCAAGCACCUUCACACCCUGGAUCACAAUGACAUCAUCACAGCAUUGUGCUUCUCACCAAACAGAUAUUGGCUCUGUGCUGCAUUUGGACCAUCCAUCAAAAUCUGGGACCUGGAAAGCAAGGAGAUGGUUGAAGAACUCAAACCAGAGAUCAUUAAUGAGAACCGCUCUAAGUCUGAUCCUCCUCAAUGUCUCUCUCUUGCGUGGUCUACUGACGGUCAAACUCUAUUCGCCGGUUACACCGACAACAUCAUCAGAGUCUGGCAGGUUUCAGUCUCUACACGAUAAUGUGUAUAAACUUCUGAUUUCAUUUAUUUUUGUCUUCUACGCAUAACAAGUAUAAAAAUAAAUGGAAUUACCAUUU